AUGAGUGAGAUGAAGCUACACAAAGGACCGAUUGAGGAGAGUGUGAGAGAGCUGAGACGUCAGAGCGAGGGAAUGAGCGUUGCAGCCAAACUUUCAAACUUUCUGCAGAGAAACAAACCAGAUGUGCUGAACUGGGGGGAACUAUUGAACCAACAACAGAGACCUGUGAGGACUUUUGACAGAGAAGAAGGAGAAGAAAUAGGACACAAGGAGGGGGAGAAGGAAAAAAGAGAAGUGUAAGAGGACAGAGCCAAAGGAAGACACAGGAAAAGGAGAAAACUGAUACUUUGCAGUAACGACGGCACUGACUAAGAUGGAGGUCUACACUGUCACAGUAGCAACUGGUAAAUCAGAGUACUCAGGCACCAACAAUUACAUCUUUGUGACUCUGGUGGGGGAGAAAGGGGAGAGUGAGCGCACCCUGCUGGACAACCCUGGGCUGGACUUCUGUAGAGGAGCAGUGGACCAGUACAAGGUGACCAGUCCUUCCCCUUUAGGCUCUCUCCUACUGGUCAGACUGGAGAAGCAGAGGUAUUGGGUGGAAGAUAACUGGUUCUGUUGCUAUGUCACAGUGGAAUCUCCAAGUGGUGACAAAAUGACUUUCCCCUGUUACCGCUGGCUUGUAGGAGACGUCAAGGUGGAAAUAAGAGAGGGAACAGGUAAGAUGCUGAAGGACGACUCCUUAGCUCAGCUGUUGGCACACAGGAAGACAGAACUGCAGGAGAGACAGAAGACGUACAGAUGGGUAACGUGGGCUCCAGGGAUACCCCGGUGUAUUGACGCUAAAACAGAAGCAGAUUUACCCCAAGACGCCCGCUUUGAGAAUGAGAAGAGGAGCGACUUUGAACAUUCCUUACAUUAUGCGUUGCUGGAGCUGUCUUUGAAGAAGUUCGCCAUCAGGUUUGGGAAGUCCUGGAAUGACCUGGAUGAUUUCAAACGGAUUUUCUGGAAGCUGAGAAGCCCCAUAGCUGAGUACUGUAUGGAGCACUGGAAGGAGGACUGGUUCUUUGGCUACCAGUGUCUGAAUGGCUCCAACCCCAGGAUGAUCCAGAGGUGCAAGAAGCUGCCGGAGAACUUCCCCGUCACGUCGGACAUGGUGCAGAGCUCCAUGGCUACCAGGACCAAUCUGGACAAAGAACUCAAGGCAGGCAACAUCUACUUGUUAGACUACGCCAUCAUGGAGGGGAUUCCCUCCAACACAAUCAAGGGCAAACCUCAGUACAUUGCUUCUCCACUCUGUCUUCUCUACCAACACCCAGAUGAAGGACUCAUACCUAUUGCUAUACAGCUAGGGCAGACUCCUGGCCUGGACACACCCAUAUUCCUGCCCAGAGACCCGCCUUUGGCCUGGCUGUUGGCUAAGAUGUGGGUGCGUCACUCAGAGUUCCAGGUGUUCCAGCUGCUGUCGCACCUGCUCAGGACUCACCUGGUGGUAGAGGUGUUUUGUGUGGCAACUCUGAGACAGCUGCCUGCCGUACACCCUAUAUAUAAGCUCCUGGCCCCUCAUCUGCGCUACACUCUAGAGAUCAACUGCAGGGGGCGCACUCAGCUCAUUUCCGCUAAUGGCAUCUUUAAACGGGUUGUCUCCACAGGUGGUGACGGCCUGUUGAUUCUGGCUCAGAGGGAGUACAAGGUGCUGACUUACCGCUCCCUCCAGCCCCACCAUGACUUCACUGACAGAGGAGUGUCCCAGCUCCCUAAUUAUUUCUACAGGGAGUACAGUCUGAUGCUGUGGGAGGCCAUACACAGUUUUGUCACAGGUAUGGUGAGCCUGUACUACCAGUCAGACCAGGAUGUGCAGGAGGACCUGGAGCUCCAAGCCUGGAUCAGAGACAUAACUCAGGAGGGCUACACGGAGCUCCCCAAAUUUGGUCUGCCCAGUAAACUUGGCACCAGAGAGGAACUGUCCACCCUGCUGACAGUGGCCAUCUUCACCAGUACAGCCCAGCAUGCUGCUACCAACAACGGACAGUUUGACUGGUGUGCCUGGGUCCCCAACACCCCCUGCACCAUGAGACAACCCCCACCAACAGACAAGGAUGCCGUUACCAUGGAGAUGAUCAUGGCCACUCUUCCUGACAUCAGCCAGUCCUGUGUGCAGAUGGCUAUCACAUGGCAUCUGGGGCGAGCACAACCGGAUGCUAUUCCUUUGGGCCAGUACACAGAGGAGCACUUCACUGAGGGGAAGGCUUUGGAGCUGAUUGACAGGUUCAGAGCAGAGCUGAAGGAGAUCGAGGGCCACAUCCUCGGUCAGAAUGAAGGACUGGAGCUGCAGUACCUCUUCCUCCUGCCUAGCCGCAUAGAAAACAGCAUCACCAUAUAG